UGGGCAAAGGCGACUUCCGUCGAGCUCUGAGGAGGACGACGCUGAGAGCGGCGUGAUGGCGGCGGCCGUGCGGGGUGUGCAGCGGCUGGUGGGCCUGGCCGGGCGGAACGUCUUUCUCUUCCCGGGGCCUCCGCGGAGAACUUCUCAGCUGCUGUGCACAGUGACACAGGAGAAAAACACUGGACCAAAUAUAAUUGAGGACACAAACCAGAACCAUGUCGAACAAAAGCCUGAUUCCGAUUCUGCCACAAAGAUAUUAAUGGAGGAAAAGACCAAACUGGAAGAACAAUUAAAAGAAAUUACUGACAAAUACAAACGUGCCCUGGCAGAUGCUGAAAAUCUACGACAGAGAACUCAGAAAUUGGUAGAAGAAGCAAAAUUAUAUGGAAUUCAAAGUUUCUGCAAGGACUUACUGGAAGUUGCUGAUGUUUUGGAAAAAGCCACUGAAUCCGUUCCCAAAGAGGAACUCAAGGAAGACAAUCCUCAUCUGAAGAACCUUUAUGAGGGUCUUGCCAUGACAGAAGCUCAGAUUCAGAAAGUAUUCAAAAAACAUGGCUUGAUUAAACUGAAUCCUAUGGGAGCCAAAUUUGACCCCUAUGAACAUGAAGCUUUGUUCCAUGUCCCCAUGGAAGAUAAAGAGCCUGGCACUGUUGCUUUAGUAUCUAAAGUUGGAUACAAGCUGCAUGGUCGUACUUUGCGGCCUGCUUUAGUAGGUGUUGCGAAAGAACCUUAGCAAUAUUCUCUGAAGUAAUCAAAGCAUCUCACAACUGUUUUGAUUCCGGAAUAAUGCUUCUCUAAACACACAAGACGUGGGACGCUAAGCCAAGUCAUAGAUGGAGCAUCGGUGCAAAUGAAAGCAAUGCUAAAAACAUGUGUUUUUUAAAAAAGUGGCUACAGAUAAUGUGGGGAGAUGAGUAAAUGGGUGGCAUUAAUUCUAAGUACAAGUCGUGCAUAUUCUUCUUGUGAUUAUUCAGAACUAUUCUGCAUUGUAAUUAGGCAACCUAUCAACAAAAAUAAUGCACUGUAAAUCAUUGUCCAAGAUGAAAGGCUUGGAACACUCAGUGUAAUUUUAUAUUUAUAUCUUUUAGCACUGUUUCUUGCUCAUUCCUUUAUAAAGAGAAAGUUACACUUCA